AUGCAUUCACGGACGGUUUCAACAAGGAGCUCCCCGGCAAGUGACGCUUCCAGGGCUCGUCUAUCAUGUGAGCCGUGCAGGGCAAGAAAGAUCCGUUGCACUGGCGAGCAUCCCGUCUGCUCUAAAUGCUUCUCCAAGAACCGCGAAUGCUCUUAUUCCAUCCAGAAGGCGGCGGGAAGACCCAGAACCCGUCAGCAGUCAGCGCUUGGCCGAGAUGGACGGUCUCGCCGACGUCGCGCGAUCGAACUGGUUCCGUCACCGGAGUCGCUGUUGGAUUUGAGCCAAGACACCAGUGAGCCGGCGUCAGAACCUCCGAGUAGCGUUCAUGAGACUCCGGGAAGUCAGGACAACGGAUCAGAAAGCUUGUCGGGCCCUCACCAUGCUGUCCCGCCGUUCUUGGCCGACUUUGAGAGCUACAUGCAUGCCCAGCCACAGGAAUGUUCCGGAUUGAUGCCUUCGUUACCACUCGGCACGCUGAAUCACUCCGAGUGCAUCCAGCCAUGCGCAUGCCUGUCCAUCCUCUACCUCCUACUUAAUCGAAUAGGAUCCGACGCCGAGCUGGUCGUACCAAACGACUUAUCCUUCCUCCGUAAUACAGUCGAAACGGCGAUGGAUGUGCUCGACUGCGUAAAAUGUCCCCUCCGGUUCUCAUCCGUUCUUCAAAACGCAACCAUACUCGGCAUUCUCUGUGUCUGCAUUGCCGAAUCAUAUGUCAGGUUCGUAAGAGCCAUCGAUGCAAAGGCUCAAGCAGCCGUCGAAAAGGAAGAGUCGCUGCUGGUUAGUCUUAGUAACUUCGAGGGCCCCCCUUCCUACCCGGAUCAAUCCAAGCUUGGAGCAAACCCAGCCGCAAUACUCGUCGAGGUGUCGCCAGAUCAAUGGAAAAGUCUGAUGCACAACGCGGUCAAAGCCGAGAUAUGUGGUGUUGAAGGCCAUCGCGAAAAGUGCUUCAUGCAUUUCAUUGAGCGGCUAGAGGAGCGACAGACGGACUGGCAUCGACGGCCUCUAGCCCCGGACUGUCCACCCACUUAUCAGUCAGCUUGUACCUCGGUGGAUGAGGUGCCGCUCUGUUUGACAAUCAUCAAGGCAGCAAGGAAGUUUCUUGACCAGAUUGAACACAUCUUGCAGGAAAGGGCGGCAUUGCAUUAA